UCUCGCGACGGAUGGGAAUCAUAAUGUUGGAUAGAAAUGAGGCAGCCUCGAUCGAGAACGAUAUACCGAAUAAAAAUUAUUCGACCGACGUAGCUCGUACUUUGCAAUGUACCCGAUGGUUGCUAAAAAGUCUCGGUGUAUGGUCAAUGGUGAAAAAAGAUCCAAAACGAUGGGAAAUAUAUAGCUCCAAAUUUCUAUGGGUUUUGUAUUCGGGCUUUAUAUGUUUUGUUUUGAUACCAUGUACAGCAAAUAUAAUAUUCAAGGAAAAAGAUCCGGUUGAAAGAGCUAUAUUGUUCGGUCCUAUUGGCUUUUGUAUAACGAAUUUACUCAAAUAUUAUUCAAUGAUAUUUCAUAGUGAACUCAUCAAAAGUUGUAUCGAAUAUAUUGAGGCCGAUUGGAUGGAAAUAGUGAGUGAAAACGAUCGUAAGAUAAUGAUGCGAAGUGUGAAUUUAGGAAUAGACGUAACCGUUGUUUGUGGUGCCUUCAUGUACGGUGGUGGGAUUAUGUACAACGUCGUGUUACCACUCUCACAAGGCGCAUACACAAACGAAUUUAACGAAACCCUCAGACCCCUCGUUUAUCCUGGCUACGAUUUAUUCGUUGAUUCACAAAAAAGUCCUACAUACAACAUUAUUUUUUAUACCAAUUGCAUUUCUGCCUGGGUAACGUAUACCAUUACAACUGCGGCGUGUAAUUUGGCAGCGGUUUUCGUGGCUCAUACCAGCGGUCGAAUUGAUAUUAUGGUGUCUCGGCUUGAUACACUUUUCGACGAUGUCAACGAAACGAGCAAUACUGUGCAAAGUCGUCUUGGUUUCAUUGUUAAAUCUCACGUCAGAAUACUCAGAUUAACCGCGAUGAUCGAAACGGUGCUUCGUGAAAUUUGUCUCGUCGAAGUCGCUGCAUCAAUUAUCGUUGUUUGCUUGAUCGAAUUCUACUGUGUACAGAAAUGGAACGAUGGCGAGACUCUCGGUAUUAUAACUUACGUCGCUCUACUCAUAUCGAUGAGUUUCAAUAUGUAUAUAUUUUGCCAAUUCGGAGAAACACUCAAGCAACAGUGCUCACAAAUUGGCAAGGCAGCGUACAUGAUAGACUGGUAUCGAUUGCCAGGGAAAACUGGUUUGACUCUGGUCAUGAUUAUAUCUAUGGCAAACUGUCCGCGUCAAUUAACAGCCGGGAACAUUAUGGAGUUGUCAGUGAGCAAUUUUGGAGCUAUAAUAAAAACUUCAUUCGCUUACCUGAACAUGUUACGAACAAAGUCUUAUUGAGACGAAGUCGGUAGAGUUAGUUUAUUAUUUGUGACGCGAUCCGUUGAAAAACUGUUUGUGCCGGUUACAAGGAUCAACAAAUGAAUGCGUCGAAUACCGAAAAAAACGAUUGUU